GUAUUUAUUAUGAACAUGACCCUGAUCUCAUUUUUUAUCUACUCGUUUCUCUCCCUACACACACUCUCAUGGCGACCGGCAUCGCUCCGAUCUCGAUUUCAGGUGGUGGACACCUAAAGGAGCAUGAGCUUUGGUCCACAAAGUCAAUUUCAUUUGGUAAAAUAUCCGGACUGACAGUUGGAAGGAAAUCGAACCAACAGGGAAUUCACCGCAAGUUGUCUGUUCGUGCGGAGUACAACAGUGAUCGUAGAGGUGGAGGUGGAGAUUUUUUUGCUGGUUUCCUUCUCGGAGGUGCAGUAUGUGGAACUCUAGCUUAUAUCUUUGCACCACAGAUUAGAAGAUCCCUGCUAAAUGAAGAUGAGUAUGGUUUUCGGAGGGCAAAGCGACCAAUCUAUUACGAUGAAGGUUUAGAGAAAACCAGGCAGACCUUGAAUGCAAAAAUAAGCCAACUCAAUUCUGCCAUUGACAAUGUGUCUUCCAGGUUGAGAGGUGGCAAUAAUAUGCCUCCUAUUCCAGUUGAAACUGAUGCUGAAGAAGCCGCCAUGUAAGACCUGCUUUUGUUUGUUCUGCAAUGAAUCAUCAACUUCUUGAGUUCCAGUUCAACCAGUUAAAUGUGUGUUUGGGUAGUGAAAAAACACUGAAAACCACAUGUGUAUGUAAAUGUGACUGACUUCCAUGUGUUAUUCCUGCAAGUUUGGUUAGUUGCUGGAAGAUUUAUUGGUUUUGAAACUUCAGUGUAAUGGUUAGCAUAUGUUGAACCCUUUGAUACAA